ACUGCGUACAGGAUAGGCAUGCGCGGGCUGCAAGGGCAGGAAAAAAGUCUGAAACCCAUCGCAUUUAUGGGGCUGUAGUUGGGCCGUUUCGGGCUCAGGAGCCUCGUUUGCUUUCCCCGAACUCAGAGUAUUUCUUCUUCUUUCUGCGGAGAUGGAGGGAGUCGCUACAGCUGGGAGGAGAACAAGAUGCGCAUGAAGUAGCUCGUCGCCACCUGGAGUAAGCCGAAGAAAAGUUUUCAAAAACUGUUCAAGUUAGGGAUCAGCUAUCGGAAACAGAGCUUCAAUAGCAGGAAUGGCACCUGAAGACCUAAACCAGCUCUAGGAUGACCGUCGCUCUGUCAAGGCUCAAGCUGGGGUCCUGAUUGCUCAGCUGAGACGUGAACAUGAACGGAGCUCUCAUCGAUCCAGUAUGUACACCAUAGAGCACCAGAGGCACUGAGGUGUGCAGCAAGAGCAUCAGAAUAUGCUAUCUCGAUCUUCACGCUAUAUGUAUAGCCUCGGAAAUAGCAAAAACAAAGGUGAGAAGAAUUUUGUAACCUAUGCUAUGGACAGCGCAGGCCUGCAGCAGUUCAGGCACUGUUGACCUGCUCUAUUAGGAUCAGAUGUCCACAUAAAACACCUGCUGACUCAGAGGCUCGGUGGUAUUGAGCCACAGAUUUCAAGCUUGUCACCUCCAGUUUUACACAGCAGUCAUCUCAGCCGUAGGAGGAAAGCCAAUGUCUGCCUGCAGCAGCACGACUCCUCCGACGCCCUUACCUAAAGCCUACCUCCACUCUCAGCACCCACCAACGCCACCCACUCCGUCCCCAUCCCCCAGCCCCCCAGUGGCCCUCUACCACCGCCUGUCCAAUGGCAGCCACAGCGCUCCCAGCCCCACGCUCUCUAGAGGAUCUCUCCAUGGAGUGUCCUUCCUAUUGCAGAUCGGACUCACCAGAGAGACGGUCAACCUGGAGGCGCAUGACCUGUCACUCAACGCUGUCAAAGACCUGGUCUGCUCCAUCAUCGACCAAAAGUUCCCAGAAUGUGGAUUCUUUGGCAUGUACGACAAGAUCCUGCUCUUCCGCCAUGAUCUUAACUCUGACAAUAUUCUGCAGCGACUCACAUCAGCCGAAGACAUCCAUGAGGGGGAUCUGAUUGAGGUGGUCCUCUCAGCUCAGGCUACAGUGGAAGACUUCCAGAUCCGGCCUCAUGCUCUCUAUGUGCACUCAUACAAGGCCCCCACCUUCUGUGACUACUGUGGGGAGAUGCUGUGGGGCCUCGUCCGUCAGGGCCUCAAAUGUGAAGGUUGUGGGUUGAAUUAUCACAAGCGAUGUGCCUUUAAGAUCCCUAACAACUGUAGCGGUGUGAGAAAGAGGCGGCUGUCCAAUGUGUCUCUGCCGGGCCCCUCGCUGUCAGUACCUCGACCACUGCCAGCAGAGCACUCUGUGGUAAACCUAGAUGAGCAGCAGCGCUCUCAUCAGGAAGCGGGGAAACGGAUCCCGUCCUGGAGCGGCCGGCCCAUCUGGAUGGAGAAGAUGGUGCUGGGGAGGGUCAAAGUGCCCCACACCUUCGUCAUCCACACCUACACGCGGCCCACCAUCUGCCAGUACUGCAAACGGCUGCUCAAAGGCCUGUUCCGCCAAGGCAUGCAGUGCAAGGACUGUAAAUUCAACUGCCACAAGCGAUGUGCAUCUAAGGUACCGAAAGACUGUCUUGGGGAGGUUGUUUUCAAUGGAGAGCCGGCUAGUCCAGGUCCGGAUUCAGAUACCACUAUGGAGGUGGACAGCAGUGAUGUGAACAGUGACAGCAGUAGAGUCCUGGAUGACUCUGAGGAGCCCACUACUCCUGAUGACAAGAUCUUCCAAGGAUAUCCCUUCGCAGACCAGGAGAGUAAUGAGGAAGCUGUGAAGACUCCUCAGAUCAGUCCGUCCACUAGCACUAAUAUUCCACUGAUGCGUGUGGUCCAGUCCAUCAAACAUACCAAGAGAAGAAGCUCCACUGUGGUUAAAGAGGGCUGGAUGGUGCACUACACCAGUCGAGACAACCUGAGAAAGAGACACUACUGGAGACUGGACAGUAAAAGCCUGACUCUGUUUCAGAAUGACUCAGGAGCUAAGUUCUACAAGGAGAUUCCUUUGUCAGAGAUCUUGCAGGUGGAGGCAGCGCAGGACUUUGGCAGCCUGGCGCUGGGGAGCAAUCCACACUGCUUUGAGAUCAUCACUGCAACUAUGGUUUACUAUGUGGGGGAGAACAUGGGUGGGCCCCACCUUCACAUUCACAACCCCAUGCUGGCUGCCUCUGGGGUGGGCCUGGAGGUGGCCCAGGGCUGGGAGAAGGCCAUCCGCCAAGCCCUCAUGCCUGUUCCAGUCACACCUCAGCCCAGUGUGGGCUCUGCUGCUGGUCAGGGCAAGGACCACAAGGAACUGUCCAUCAGCAUUUCUGUAUCCAACAGUCAAAUCCAGGAGAAUGUGGAUAUCAGCUCUGUUUACCAGAUCUUUGCUGAUGAGGUGUUGGGAUCGGGCCAGUUUGGAAUUGUAUAUGGAGGGAAGCACAGAAAGACGGGCAGAGAUGUGGCGAUAAAGGUGAUUGACAAAAUGAGGUUCCCCACCAAACAGGAGAGCCAGCUGAGGAAUGAAGUAGCUAUAUUACAGAACUUGCAUCAUCCUGGCAUAGUCAACCUGGAGUGCAUGUUUGAGACCCCGGAGCGAGUGUUUGUUGUCAUGGAGAAGCUCCACGGAGACAUGCUGGAGAUGAUUCUGUCCAGCGAGAAGAGCCGGCUCCCUGAGCGCAUUACCAAGUUCCUGGUCACACAGAUACUGGUGGCUUUGAGACAUCUCCAUUUCAAGAAUAUUGUUCACUGUGAUCUAAAGCCAGAGAAUGUGCUCCUGGCCUCUGCAGAACCCUUUCCUCAGGUGAAAUUGUGUGACUUUGGUUUUGCUCGUAUAAUCGGCGAGAAGUCCUUCCGGCGCUCUGUGGUGGGAACCCCAGCGUACCUGGCCCCAGAGGUCCUGCGCAGUAAAGGCUACAACCGUUCACUGGACAUGUGGUCAGUAGGGGUCAUCAUCUAUGUUAGCCUGAGCGGCACCUUCCCCUUUAAUGAGGACGAGGAUAUUAAUGACCAGAUCCAGAACGCUGCCUUCAUGUAUCCACCAAUGCCAUGGAAGGAAAUAUCCACAGAAGCAACAGAUCUUAUCAACAAUCUUCUUCAAGUGAAGAUGAGGAAGCGGUACAGUGUGGACAAGUCCCUCAGUCAUCCAUGGCUACAGGACUACCAGACGUGGCUGGACCUUCGUGAGUUUGAGACGCGGCGAGGGGAGCGCUACAUCACCCACGAGAGCGAUGAUGCGCGCUGGGAGGAAUACGCUGACGAGCACAGUCUCAUCUACCCGAAACACUUCAUCAUGGCUCCAAACUUAGACGACAUGGAUGAAGACCCCUAGUCACCUUAUGGACCUUAUCACGUACUGAAGGACAGUGUCAAACUCUCAGUAGGAGGCGCUAGCCCCUUAAAGAACUGUAGCUAAAGAGGUCAGAACACAGCACUCUGGGGUCAGUCAAUGGGGCAAGUGUUACAAAACCAAGCAGGAUUAUGCACCUGCAACAUAUCAGGAGCAGCAGCAGUAGUGGCAGCAGUGUUAAAGCCCUGUUAUUCUGGGUCUUGGAUGCAGUCAAGGCCGUUUAUGAUGAUGAAGGGUUUUUGUUUUUUUAGGUCAAUCCUAUUUGGCAUAGAAACCCUAAACAGCAGUAUUUCAUGGGUCUGCAUUCUGCUCUCCAGCACUGACUACCCUACAUCUAAAGGUGCAGGUCUGUUUGUCUUAUUUACAGAUCAAGUGUUCUCUCUUCAAUUUUAUAAUAAUGCUCUUAAUUUGAAAAAAAAAAAAACAGUAGGGGAUGUUACAGAUGUGGGAGAGAAGGGUAAGGGUCUUUUAUGAAUUUUUACUUAUCUGCAGGCUAAGUUCGCAUAGCCUCAUGUUUUGUAAUCAAACUGGAAGAUGCAUUUUUCUAAGCUGGCUGCAAAGGAUAAGAUUGUACACUAAAAAACAAUAGAAAACUAAAUGUUGGUCAAAAACAAUUAAUGCAGUCAAGAACUAUAAGAAAAUCUACAGUUCUCUCGUAUAACAGUCCACUUCAGAAAAUGAGAAGUAGAUAGAGCCUUUCAUAUGCAGUGCCUUACGACGGUGUUCAGCCCUAUUAAAAUGUAUCAAUAUUUUGUGGGAUACACUGUAUGUCCACUCAAGUAUCUGGACUCACGUUCUAAUUUGUGAAUUCAGCUACUAUUAGGUGCACCCACUGCCAACAUAGACAUUUAAUUGUGCACAUACAGCUUGUAUAAUCUCCAUAGAAAAACUCUGCUAAGAGAAUGAGAUGAGAUUGAGCCACAUGAGUCUUAGGUCACCAUGUCCAGGUGUCGGCUAGAGGGGUAUAAAGAGGUAUAAAGUAUGUGGGUGCAUGCUUCAAAGCCAUACUGUCAUAACUACGCUAAAUAUCAAGUUUAGUAAAACAUACGUUGCAGAAGUAUUCCGAAAAAUUCUUUUUUUCAGAGCAUACAGUACUGUGCAAAAGUCAGAGACCACGUUUUCAUUUAAUUUCCUGUGAAAACGGACAUAUAAGUACAAAUUUAGUGUACAUUAAGUACAUUUAGUGUGUCCAUCCUUUGCCUUAAUUACAGUUAGCGUUCCAUACAGAAGUGUGCAGGGAUAUUUUCCAGCCCUCCACAGUUCAGUUUUAGAAGUUGGUUGCAUUUCUGCUUCUCCUCAUCCAAAUAAUCCCAAACACAUUCAAUAAUGUUGCAGUUUGGGCUAUUUUUUAUUUAAUAUUUAUUUUUCUUUCUCAAUAACAGCUUCUUGGCAAUUAUACAUCCUUUCAGGCUCAUAUUGUUGAGUUUUCUUCUCACAGUGGAAGGAUGGACAGAAACACCUGAUCACAAUAAAAAUAUAAAAUAAAAUUGUAUCAUUUGCAAGACAAAAAAACUGUUGAUACAUUCCAAGAGGGCUGAAUAAUUUCGCAAGGCACUGAACAUAAUGCAGUUUAUACAACACCAGUCUUCAAAAAUGACCAAAAUGAACUGCAAAUAUGAGACACAAAUCAAAACCACACACCUGUCAUUUACGUCCCUUUUCAGUUAUAACGUAAUUUGGUCAUUUCAAUACAUGUCGUGGUUGUUGAAUGCUACCAAGCCAUCUCUUUUUCUCUGUCUGUAGGGAGGAUAUCUGUUGUGCACUACAGAUAAUCUGUGUUGGUUAUGCUAUGGACGGUCCUUUGAAAAGCACUACAGUCUGUUAACACAAUUUCAAGAUCGUCCCAUAAAAUCCCAUUUAAACACAUCAAAAUAUUUGCUAAUAACUGCUAUAAAACCUGGUUUAACAGUAUUAUGCUACUAUCCUUUCUUCUUCAUGUGGGCUGUAUGCUGAAUGUAACACAGUGGCAGAUUUUAAAAUCCAUUCCAGAACUGGAAUUUUAAAGAAGAGAACCAGAGAGAGGACUUCAGUUACAAAUACUGAACUAACUUUGAUAGAAGCUUGUUUUCAUUCAACAAGAAAUAGGUAUCACAAUAAGAUAUGGCAGUAUAAUGGACAGACUCAUCAUCGUUUGUUGUGCACUGUGAGACGGAAUGCAUGCAGUGAGGCAGACAGCUGAGAUUUGCCUAUUUAUGAGCUCUCUCUUUAUCCAAUACAGUCAGCAAAUCAGUACUCACUCUCUUAUGAAGGUUUACCAUAGCACAGAAUAAGGAGCCAUUUUGAACAGGCUCGUUUGCCUGUUUUAAAGUUUGCAUGAGAUGGAAGCUUUUCUGUCACUUUUUGUUCUUGUAAUCUGGGAGAGGAGGGCAUGUUUGCGCCUCCGUAUCCUUAUAACAGUUACUUUAUGUUGCCGCUGGAUUGGCAGGUGUGAGUGUUUUGUAUAUUUUAGUACAUAAACAAAUAAAUGCUCUACUUCAUGUCUCUA